ACACUCAGAUGAUUGACUUUGUUAGGUAGUAUGUUUUUUUUCGAAAACUGCCCUUGAGUUUUAGAGAUGCAGACAAGUGUCUUGGUUAGAAUUUGUCAUGAUAUCUGAAUUUAGCUUUAAGGGAAAAAAAACCGGACCGAAUGUGGCAGAAUUCUAACACUCCUUAAAUCUGUGUGAUCGGUAAUAUGGGUGUUUGUUGCACUAUUGUCUUUACUUUUCUGUUUAGACAUUUUCGUUAGAAGUAAACAAAAAUAAAAUCACAUAGCGGUAAAAUACAAUUCUUAAUUAACAGGUGUACUGAAAUUUGGUGUAAGAAAUGCAUAGGAUUGUGGGUGGGCACAGCGAGAGUGUAUCUGUUAAUGUAGUUAUUAAAUGUUGAGAAGUAUCCAAACAGCCAUUAGCAACCAGUACAAUCUCUGGCACAUAGUAGACACCCAGUAAUUCUGUAUUAAACAUAUUUAAGUAAGACCAGUGCCUGCUUCCCACGCCCUGUAGCUUCCAGUCUAGCCUGUCUGUGCCUUUUAGCCUAAGUGCUCUAGAAGCUUAUGGACAGCAGAGGGCAUUCUUGAGGGUUGGGCGCUUUUCUGAGAGCUACUACUCUCAGUAGUAAAACUACUUUGGGAAGGCUUAUAUGAUGAUGAUGGUGAUGAAGAAUAAGAAGAUGAUGAUGAUGAUGGAGUAAAGUAAUUAUCAUUUAUGAGUGCUGAGCGCUAGGCACUGUCAGGGCACAUCAACAUCAUGAUCUUGUUAUGUCAUCUUUACAAUUGCCCUAUGAAGUAGGAGCUGAUGUUUUUCUCAUUUUACAGCAUAAAAUUAAGCUUUUCAGUUCCAUCACAGUUAGUAGAGUCACAAUCGGAAGCCAAGGCUUUAAAGACGCUGGUAUACUGACUGCCAAAAAGAGAGAGGGUGUACAGUGUUGGUCAGGUGGAGCAUUGCUCAAGUUCUGGUGCUGUAGGGUUGUCAGGUCAAGCACUGCUCAAGUUCUGGCGUUCUGGGAAUCUGAAUCAGGAGAACCAUAGUUUCGCUCCAGUGUGGUCUACUGAUUCUACAGAGGUUACAAAGAGAUAGUGAUAUGUCUUACCAAUUAAGAUACAAAUGCAAAUAACUCUAGUACAGGGAAUAAGUGCCAGGAGUGAGAGAUAGACAAUGAGGAUUUAAAUAGUUAAAGGUCAUUUGGGGGAGGAAAGGUGGAGGUGGCUUCUGAGGAAGAAAUAGAAUUUCAGAAAUGAGAUUCAGCAAAGAGUGUUUAAAUCCUGUCUGUGCUGUUUUACCAAAUAAGUGGUUCACUUUGGUUCAUUGUGUAUUUAUAGAUGAAGAGUGAGAAGUAAAGUAGAUUGAGGCUUCAUGUGGAUGACGUUGACUGGCAGGAGAUUCUGACUCGUUCCAUAGACAAGGAGAAACCAUUUAAAGUUUUUACAAAGGAGUGAUGUAAUUAAAGUUGCAUGUCAGGGCAUGUCUCUAUUAGUUCCCCAAAUAUUUGUAUAGCAUACCUCCUCUUCUUUUUCAGUUGUUUAUACAAAUAGUACCUUCUCUGUGAGGCCUUUCCUGACUUCUGUGUAAAAUUACAACCCCAUCCCAGGACUCCCUUAUCCUUCUUCCUUGUUUUAUUUAUUCAAUAGCACUUAUGACAGUCUAACAUACAUAUUUUACCAGCUUCCUUUUAUUGUUGUCUUUCCUCCCAUGAGUGACAGGAUAAUUGUGUCUGUGUUAUUAACUGCUAUAUCCCCAGUGCUUAGAACAAUGUCUGGCAUGUAGUAAGUUCACAGUAAAUAGUUCUUGGAUAAAUGAGUGGAUAUGGCAAGAUCGUGGGGCAGAUACUAACUUGAAGAGACUGAAGUAAAGCAGACCAAUUGAGGAGCUUCUGCAGGAGUCAAGAUGAGAGGCACCAAAGAUGUUACAAAGAAAUGUAAUCUCAGAAAACAAAUUUCUAGCUACAUGGAUAGAGCAGAAAUAGUGAAGAAAUACAUGGAUCAAGAAAAAGAAGAUGGAAAAUAUCAUAGGCAAAUUAAAAUAGAAGAGAAUGCAACAGGUUUCAGUUAUGAGUCACUUUUUCGAGAAUACCUUAAUGAAACAGUUUCAGAAGUUUGGAUACAAGAUCCUUAUAUUAGACAGGUUCAUCAGCUGUAUAAUUUUCUUCGAUUUUGUGAGAUGCUUAUAAAGGGACCAUGUAAAGUAAAAACUAUUCAUCUUCUCACCUCUCUGGAUGAAACUAGUGGGAAAGAGCAGCAAAGUAGUGGCCUGCAAGAAAUAAAAGAAUCACUCCAGAAUCAUGGAGUACUGUUGGAAUUAGAAUAUUCUUCUUCAAUACAUGACCGAGAAAUUAGGUUUAACAAUGGAUGGAUGAUUAAGAUUGGAAGGGGACUUGAUUAUUUUAAGAAACCACAGAGUCGUUUUUCCCUUGGAUAUUGUGAUUUUGAUUUAAGACCAUGUCAUGAAACAACAGUGGACAUUUUUCAUAACAAGCACACAAAAAAAAUAUGAUGGGCAGUAACUUAAUUUGCAUUAUAUAUUUAUAUUUUAAGUGAAUAUUGAUUUUUGUUUUUUAUUGUUUUUUUUACUUUGGACAGAUCAUUCCUAUAAUUAUGUAUUUAACAAU